GAAGAUUAAGAAGUUCAUGUCAACUACUGACUGUGGGCCAGGCAAGAGACAGACACUCAAGAAAGCUGAACAUCCAGAAGUGGAAGAAGCUUUGUACAUGUGGUUUCUUCAGGAAAGAAAUAGGCAUGCACAAAUUUGAGGACCCAUGUUGGCCAUGAAAGCUAAGUCUUUUUAUGAGGAAAUAACAAAAUAAGAUGAUUUUGUGGCCAGCAAAGGUGAGAAACUUUCUAACGAUGCCACCUGCAUAGAGUCCUUUAAAUUAAGA